GCAUCCCAGUCGGCGCUUCUUUCGCCACCGUCAGUGUUUAUUCCAACAUACGAAGCGGAAUGGGAGUACGAGUGGUAUUUUCGGAACGGCCCCAGCACCGGAUCCCAUCCUUCGUAACCUCGUAUGAGGAGGAGUGGACCCUCGGACAAGAGAAGCCAGGGAUUAAACGACGAAACAGAAAAAGUAUGACAUUCAGCCCAAGACCGAGCUCUACAGCUGGAAAUUUAGUGCAGGUGGAAUUUGAAGUCUGGGGAUCGGUGCAAGGUUUCUACUUUAGGAAGUAUACCCGAGACUUGUGUCAGAGCCUCGAUGUCCGAGGCUGGGUGAAACUUACGAAUUGGGGAACUGUUGUUGGCGAGCUUCAGGGUGAAAAGGAAAAAGUCGACGAAGUGGCUAUGUGGCUGCGGUUACAAGGUGCACCGGGCUCUAAAAUCGAGCGCUGCGACUUCAGACACUGGCGCAUGAUCGACACCUAUGACUUCCACAACUUUCAGAUGAGGUUCUGAAGGAAGCGCUCCUGCAACUUUCCUACUCGUUCCACUGCCAGCACCCGAAACAUGUUCAGAGAGGACCAUCAACGCGCCUUCCGUUAGCACCUAUCCGCGACAAACCAGUUUAAUAAAGGACUCCACAUCUUG